AUGGAGGAGAUGAAUCUGUUCUAAAUUUGUUGAUUGGUUAUUCUUCAGAUUACUACAUAAAGACUUGUUGUUAUUAAGUUGUNUAAAUGGAAGCUCUGUGAUUUUGGAUUUCUCAAACAUCAAAUUAGUCAAUCUGCCACUUUAAGGGUUGGUACUCCAUAUUAUAUAGCUCCAGAAAUUGCUUUAUAAGAUCCUACUAACCCUAAUUAAUAUAAUAAUAAAGUAGAUAAUUGGUCAUUUGGAUGCAUUAUCUAUGAAAUUUUAACAGGCGAUUUGUUUUUUAAUGGAAUUUCAUAAGAGGAUGUGAUAUAAUAAAUUGAAAAUUAUUGUUUUAAUUAAAAAUAGAAAGCGAGAGAAAAAAAUAAUGAUAAUAGAUUCAAUAAGAUUAAAAAUUCUAAGUUAUAAAAAUUAUGCAAAUGUUUGAUGACAGUAGAUCCUUUAUUACGAUAUGAUAUUUAUUAAACCAUUGAAGAAUUGCUUAAUCUCUAGGACAAACCUAUCACUCCUAACGAUGAUUCCAGUGAAAAGGUCAAAACUAUCAAUAAUAAUAAUCAUAACAAUAAAUUUUAACCUCUGAAACAAAGUAUUAUUAACACCCAACCGUAAACAUAAAUAUUUUAAUAAUCAAUUCCUGGAUAAAGCAAUAUUUUAAUGGGCACCCUUUAAAAGCCCUCAACUGUCCAAUAACAUAUUCCUUUUCAAAGCAAUUAACCUUUCCCUAUAAAAGAUCCAAAGUUUUAACCCUAAGGUCCACUUUAAUUUUAAUAAAAUAUUUAAUAGGCUUAAUCAUAAAUAUCAUAAAGUAAUUCAAAAAUACAAUUCAGUACUUUAUAACCUUAAUAAUUUUAACUUACCUAACAACCACUCAAAAAUCAAUUUUAACCACAAUUUCCAGUUACUAUACCACUACAAAUAAACCCUAUUAUAAAUUAAUCAAACACAGAAACAACAUAAAUUUUUUUAGUAAAUAAUAAUCAAAAUUAAAAUUCAGUUUAAGCAUAGAUGAUUUGCCAUUUAAAAAAGUUAGUACAACCAAACUAGGUUGAAUAAAUUCUAAAUUUUUUCUUAAAUUAAUAGAUUUAAAAAAAUUGUAAUGAUGUAAUAGAUUAUCUUCAAGUCAUAGUUAGUUAUGUUAAUAAUGAAGUUAGUUCUAAAGUUUAAAACAUAAUACCACUAGAUAUUAAAUGA